AUGGCCAGGCAGUAUGCCGCCACGACGAGUCACCCAUCAAGUGCAUGGGCGCAAGCAUACCACGAUGGGUACGCGAGCCAUGCGAACCAGGCCGCUCAGACCAAACACCAUUUCCUCCCGCCACCAGCACCAGCUCUGGCUCAGCCUGGGUACUGGUACCAACAGGCCCACAUUGCGUUGCCGCAGAUGCGACGCUCACCAGGUAACCCUUUUCAAGGCUUAGCCCACGGCCCGCAUUCAUACACAGACGACUCCAGCACCGCCACCCCCGAGACGCCAGACUCUCUCAUGUCCGCUGCCGACCGCUCAAGCCAGGACCACGAUUCAAGCAUAGACGACGCCGAGGGCCGCACCGAGUUUGACUUCCAGAUCGACCCUGAUGCAGGCGACCCCAUCGAGGACAGCCUGACGAUCACCAACCACAGCGACUUGAUCCUCGGGUCCGAAUGGAUCGUCCCGACGCGGCAGCAGGCAAUGGCUGAAGCCGGCUCUCACAUGGGGGAGGCUGAGAUCUGGUCGCUGCAUGAGGUAGAUGGAGUCGAAGAGGGCGUUGUGAUCAGGGAGCCAGCUCGCAUGACCGGGCUGUGCAUGUCUGGUGGUCUAUCAGGAAGUUCGCAGUGA